CACAACUUAUCAACAUUCACUAAAGCUAAAAUUUUGAAACAAUUUACAUUUGUUAUUGAUAAGACCACGAACCACAGGCGUUAAUUGGAGCAAUGAACAAUAUCAAGUUAACAUAACCCCGUUGCCGCUGCACAAUAAACCCAGUUAAUACAUACGAUACACUAUUUGUUGAAAGUGGUAAAAGCGCUAAGCAUGUUUGCAACGUUAAAAAACAAAAUUAAGGAAGAAACUGGAGAAGAUGUGUCCACGUCGCCAAGCCAGCCACUGCAGCGCUACGCCAACAAUAAUAACAACAAUUAUCGCAUACGUAGCCGACGUGUGAGCAUUAAUUCAAACUUUGCUGACGAGUUGGGUGUUGGUGUGGGCGGGGGUGGGGCUUAUAAUGAGUCUGAGCAGCUGUGCCAAUUACGCAGUCAGUGCAACGAGCUUUCAUCGAAGGUGGCCAAUCUUAGUCAAGGUCUACAGCAGUUGCAGGAGGAAAAGAUACGCGUGGACAAAACCAAUGAAAUUUUAUUGGAAACAGUGAAAGUUGCUCAAACGCAAAAGGACAUUUAUUGCGAGGAGCAAGAGAAAAUUCAAAAUUUGCAACAAGUAGAAAUUGAUAAGCUAAAGAAUCUGCUCGGAUUUCGAGAGCAAGAAGGUGUUGACCAUAUGAGUGCCAUGCGUCAGUAUCAACAGCAAAUUGAAAACCUCAGUCAAGAGCUGGAACGUUUACGUAAUCUGGAACCAAUUGCGGAAGAUUUACGCGAUGAGCUCGAACAGUUGCGUCAUGCUUCCCAACAGGAGAAAAUACAUUUAACGACGACACUGGCUGCCGUGCAGGAAGAGAAUCGUAAUAUGCAAUUGCGCUUCAGAAUUGUUGAGCAAUCCAGACUAGAAACAUUGACACAGCUCAAUGCUGAACAACAAGUGCAGGCGCUUGUACACGAGCACAAGUUACUCGAACAGCAUUUAGAAGAGGCUCACCUUCAGCUGUCUGACAUAAAGAGCUCUUGGAGUGGCCAGAACUUUGCGCUAGAGAAACAAGUCAGUCGCUUGUCACAGCAAGUAGCCGAGGAAACGACAGAAAAACGCAAAGCCUUCAAAGCACGUGAUGAUGCCAACGAGUCUCGGAAACACUUGGAAUUCGAGCUGGAAAAGGCAAAUCUUGAAAUUAAGCAAAGGGAUGAAAAGAUCAAACUUUUAGAGGACGAGGUCGAUGAGCUAAAUGUUGCGUUGAAGGAGUGCCGUGAGGAAAAUGAACAGCAAAUUAUCUUUGAGCGCAAUAAAUCCGAAACACUGGCAGCUGAAGUAAAAGACUUAGGCUUACGUCUAACCACCGCUGAUGAAAGAUUCAGUGAAUAUGUUAAAAAUGCUGAACAAAUCGCACAAAAGUUACGAGCUCAGUUUAUGGAAAAACAAGAAGAGUUAAGUGAGUCGCUAAUUAAGUUAGAAACCGAACGCGAAGAGAAACUAACAGCAUUAUUGCGAAAUGCCGAGAUCUCACAAAGCGAAGAGAUUCUUAAAAAAGAAUUGCGCCUGGAGCAAAACGAAUCGAAUGAUUUACACGAUAAAAACAAGCAGCUAGAGCAUGAGGUGAAAGAGGCACGGCAGGCAUUGGAAAUACUUACAAAUGCUACACAGCAGCAUGCUGUUGACUUGGCCAAGUACGAGCUUACUCAACGCGAAAUUGUCGAAAAGAAUAAGACAAUCAAAACGCUUAAUCAACGUUUAGGAGAUCUAAAGAAGACGCUGCAAAAAGAAUUCCGUAGCUCGCAAUCGACAGCUCCAGACAUAGAAGCUGAUCAAUUGUCAGCCGCCUUUAAAUUUCCCAACGCAAUAUCCGAGCCCUUUCAACCAGGCAAUAAACCAAAUUGCAUAGUUAUGGAUGAAGUAAAUUUUAAGUAUUUAAAACACGUCAUUGUCAAAUUCCUAACCAGCCGAGAGGUCGAAGCACGGCAUCUAGUGAGAGCUGUGUCCACGCUGCUUCAGCUUUCUGCGGAGGAAGAGAAACUUCUGCAUGAUACUUUAAAUUGGAAAAUGAGCUGGUUUGGCGUAAAGCCAAGCUAAGCUGUAAGGCUGCCAGGUUACUUAAGGGUAAUUCUUUAUGGAUCAACAUGUGCAAUUACAUUCCUAUAUGUACACCUUUAUCUCUAAUCGUAAUUUGUACCAUGUACAAUAAUUUUGGAAAGUAGAGUUACAAGAAUAUCAAGCAUUUUAUUGUGAUGUAGAAUUUUUUGUUCAAAUAUCAAAAUUUAACCAAAAACUUACAUGUAUAUUAAAA